AUGGCCUCACAAAGGUUUGAGAACCUUUCUUUGUCUCCAUGGCUGACUUUUCUAGAGAAAGAUGGUGCUUGUGCUUUCAUUGACCCAAGGUGUGGUGACAAAUAUUUCAUCAGCUUGCCACAACCAUUGAAAGCAAGCAAUGUCCUUUGUGGCACAAAACAUGGUUGGCUGCUAUUGAUAGUAGACGAUGAGUCACCGUUCCUUUUCAAUCCAUGUACACAAGUGAUUCUCCCACUACCAUUCUCGGAUUCUUCAAUUGAGGCAUGCAUUUCCAUUGGCAUUUCAUCCCCUCCAUGCACUUCAGAAUGUGUACUAGUUGUGAUUCUAAAGAAGAAGGUGGGGUUUUGUAUGUUGGGGGAUGAGGUUUGGACUGAAAAAUUUAUAAAAACCGACUUUCUGAUUGAUGACAAUAGCCCAGUUUUCUACAGAGGAGCAUUUUAUUGUCUGGGUCAGAAAGGAAAUCUAGCAAUUCUGAAGCUAAAUGAUGAAGAGCAAGAGGGUACUUUUGCUGUUACUUUUGAUGUCCUUACCAAGCCUAAACCACCAUGCACUGGUUGCAUCCAAAAUUUUCUUGUAGAAUGUGAUGGUGAGCUCCUAUCAGUAUUUGUGGGUCCUUUUGGAAAAUGGGUUCGAGUUUUCAAGCUGAAUGAAUCAAAAAUGACAUGGAUCAGGGUUGAAAGUUUGGGAGAUUAUAUGCUUUUUCUUAGUUCCAAAUCAUCCUUUUCAGCGAAAGCACAAACACCAGGAAUGGAAAACAAGAUUAACUUUCCUAGAUUUUGUGGGCAAAGCAUUGUCUUCUAUUCACUGGAGACAAGUAAGUAUCAAUCCUUUCAGAGUGAGGAUGUUGUGGAUUUUUAUAGCUCCGGAGAAAAAUUGGACUGUUGUUGGAUUGAACCUAGAUGGUGCUAG